AUGGCCGCCCUGAACGGACAAGACGAGCCUCCAACCCAAGCCUGCCAAAACUCUGAAGACGCCAGAUGCUGCAAGAGCGAGACAAGAGCCCAUAAUGAGAUAUCAGAAGCAAUAUCACCACCCAGAGAGCCAGCAAAGCACCCAAGAUCAAACUUGAACAACGUCUCUUCCAGGUUGCCGGAUCAGGCGACGGAAGCCACUCCUGCGGACUUACAACCCAACCUGGAAUCACAAAAGAAACCCACCAUCACUGCUCAGUCGGAAAGGAGAGGGCUCUUCGCUUCCCUGACGAUAAUUGCUGAGGUUGAUGACCCAUAUCUCUAUCCCAAAGGCAGAAAAUGGUUCAUAACGUUCGUGGUAGCUUUUGCUGCUGCGGCUACUUCGCUGGGGAGUGCCAUCAUUUACCCGGCCCUGGCCGACACAGGCCGUGACCUUCAUGCCAGCCCCACCGUCACCAACCUCUCCGUCGCGCUCUACAUGCUCAGCAUAUCCUUCUGCCCUCUCUGGUGGUCAGCCCUAAGUGAAACCGUAGGCCGUCGCACAACCUACCUUGUUUCUUUGUCUCUUUUUGUCCUCUUCGCCAUUCUCUCUGCGACCGCCAAAUCGAUAGGUGUCUUCGUCGCUAUGCGCAUGCUUUCUGGAGGUGCCGGUGCAUCGGUACAAGCAGUCGGAGCAGGUACCUUGGCCGAUAUUUGGGAGCCCUUUGAAAGAGGUAAAGCCAUGGGUCGUUUCUACAUGGGCCCUUUGUGUGGACCGCUGCUCGCUCCCAUUAUUGGCGGGUUCCUGGCGGCCCAAUGGGGCUGGAGAAGCACCCAGUGGUUUCUGGUAAUCUAUGGAGGCAUUAGCCUUGCUUUCCUUCUUUUCGCACUACCCGAGACGGUCAGAAUGCGCGAGGAACCCAACAAGAGCGUGGCCCAAGAUGGAGAUAUGAUACCCUUGGCGUCCACAACUCGUUCCAGAACGAGACAAUAUCUUCGCCUUUCCCGGCUGGUCCUGUUCGACCCCCUAAAGAUGGUCCUGCUUCUCCGUCACCUACCUAUUCUCUUCACGGCUUAUUGGGCGUCGCUCGCAUUCGGCACGCUAUACAUUGUCAACAUUUCUGUCCAGGACGUCUUCGCCAAUUCUCCCUACAACUUCUCCGUCUCCAAAGUCGGCCUGACUUACAUACCUGCUGGCUUUGGGUUCUUGAUCUCAGCCUUGUUCAGCGGCAGGUGGGCUGACUAUGUCGUGGCACGAGAAGCAAAGCGUGAGAACAGAUAUGAUGAGAAUGACAAGUUAAUCCUGCGCCCUGAAGAUCGAAUGAUGGAAAAUGCUUGGGUUGCUGCCAUCGCCUUUCCCAUCUCCCUGAUUUGGUAUGGCUGGAGCGCUGACAAGGGAGUGUUCUGGGUCGUGCCGUUGCUGGCAACCCUCGUCUUCGGCCUGUCCGCAAUGCUCAUCUUCGGACUAGCCGUCACAAUGCUGACCGAGUUUGUCCCUCGCAAACCCAGCAGCGGCGUCGCGGUGGCCAACUUCCUCCGCAAUAUCUUUUCCUGUAUUGGCACUAUUCUGGGAAACCCGCUAAUUCGCGCUGAAGGUACUGGAUGGAUGUUCACGGGCCUUGGGAUCCUUGUCAGCACGGGCGCUCUGGUUAUUUGGUGGAUGAGGGCGAGGGGGGCUCUGUGGCGGGAAGCCAACAGAGGGAAGGUUGGCUGA